ACAUUAGACGCGACUUUAUUUUGAAAUCCAGUUCAUUGUUGCUUGCUUCCUCUUUCCGGGAGCAGUGCGCGGCAUGUUGUGUUUUGAGCAGAGCAGGCACGUGAAAGGGGAGGCGACAACUAGUACGCGGCUCCUGGCCUGGUGGUAUGGCUAGUGUCCAAAAAGACGAGGACAUUUGCUCCCCUUUAGGCUUAAAGUCAUUCGUUUGGAAGCACUUUGGAUUCCAAAGAAAAGAUGGCUCAACGGACAAGACACGUGCAGUUUGUAAAUUCUGCCAUGCGGUGAUCAAAUAUUCAGGGAACACCACAAAUCUCGCCGCACAUUUAAAGAAAAAACACGACAUCUCUCCCUCAAGCAGCGGCCGCGAAAACAACACAGACACGACGCCCUCCGUGAGCACAUUUUUCCCCCAAAUGCUAAGUAAAAACUCUAAACGAGCUAAAUCCAUCACUGCUGCAAUUUCAUAUUAUAUUUGUAAAGACUUGAGACCGUUUAGUAGCGUGGAGGGUGAGGGAUUUUCCGAGUUGAUGAAUACGCUAGAGCCCAGAUAUACAGUACCAUCGAGACAGUACUUUAGUGAAACAUGUGUACCACGUCUAUAUGCCCGUGCUAACGCGGAGGUAUUACACGAACUAAAGGAAGCAGAACGGGUUGCUAUCACUACAGAUGGAUGGACUUCUCGCUCAACUGAAGCCUACAUUACGGUCACUUGCCACUACAUUGAUACAGCAUGGACGCUAAAAAACUACGUGCUUCAGACUCGCGUUUUUAGUGACUCUCACACAGGACCGAACCUAGCCUCUGUCCUAAACGAAGCAUGUGAAGAAUGGCACAUUGCAGAUAAAAACCCAGCUCUUGUAACUGACAAUGCCAGGAACAUGACCGUAGCAGGAAUAGAGGCGCAUCUGUCACCGCGCAUAAAAUGUUUUGGACAUACUAUCAACUUGGCAACUCAAAAAGGACUCAAAUGCAAUGAUGCUGCCCGUCUUUUAGGUAGAGUACGUCGUGUUGUGAGUUUUUUUCACCGCAGCACGCUGGCCAAUGCUGUGUUAAAAGAGAAACAAAAACUACUUGAUCUCCCACCACACAAACUCAUCCAAGAUGUCAUCACACGUUGGAACAGCUCGUUUGAUAUGCUGGAGCGUUUUUUGGAGCAACAGGCUGCUGUGUGUGCUACACAGCUUGACCAAAAAAUCAGAAAGUCCAUGAAGAAUGAUUUACAAACACAAAAUGAAGAUGACAUAUCCACAGCUGAAGAAAUGAUACAGUUACUGAGGCCUGUGAAAACUGCAACUACAAUAAUGUGUGAGGAGGCACAACCAACUAUCUCAGUCAUUGCUCCACUUAAAAGUAAAUUGAUUGAACAUUUCAGUGUCUGUGAGGAUGACAUGCCACUGAUCAAAGAAAUGAAACAAACAAUGGCCAAAGAGCUCGAGCAUCGUUACACAGAUGUCCAAGAAGUAUUAAACACUGCAGCUGCCCUUGAUGCAAGAUUCAAGACCCUGCCCUUUCUGUGCGAAGAGGAGAGGGAUGCCACAUUCAAGAAUAUCAUAAAUGAGGCUACACAGCUGUGGGACCAAAAAGAAGACACACAGGCUCAUGAUGGCACUGCAAUGGAGGAAACUCACACAACACACCCAUCUGAAGAGGCAUGUGAUGAUGAGCUCCAUGCUUCAGCGUGCCCUCCGAGCGUGUAUUUAGCACUGCAGGUGACAUUGUCCGCUCAGAACGUAGUGUUUUGA